ACAAUUACCAAAUAUCUCGCCGAAAAUUUUGUUCUUUCUACGUUCUCUUUGAUCCGAUUUCCAUUCUUAUCUCGACUCAAAUUUCAAGAAAGAUCGCAGAAACCCUAGCCCUAACCCUAGGACCUAACGUUAAUAAAUUCCAUUAACCCCACAACCUGUUGAGGUGUUAAUCGAAAUGAAUGCGAGACUUGGUGAGAUGUCAAAAUCUUCCCAAUCGCUAUUUUUUGGACCUAUUUAAUUCCCGCAUUUAAUGAACUGUGCAAAUUGCCCCUCUGAAAUUUAAAAAUUGCAACUAGGCUCUCUCUCCCUUCUCCCAUUGACUUUCUUCGUUCUCACGUUUCGGCAAUGAUGACAGCCCCUCUUUAAAGGAUUAGAGUAGAAUACCCACCUCCUCACAUUUGCCAGUUGCCCUUUUUUUUCUAUUUUUUAAUUUAUUAUUAUUUUUAUUUUAAAAUUUUGGUAGAAACUUCUCAAAGCCGUGGAAAUAAGAGUUAUUUAGUAGAUCCCAGGCCUCGGUUUGUGGCGAAUCUGGAUUUGCUAUUACUUAAUUUGAUCAGAGUGAGGGAAAUGGGUCUUUUGGGUUUGAGGAUCAGAGGAAGCUGAAACGGUGUUGUGUUAAAGAUUUGACCCAGCUGAUGCCGUAUUAUUACAAGCCAUGAAAUUUGAUUCUCAAUCACAAUAUCACCACAGUUAUCCUGCUCAUGAGCAUGACACCAACGUAAUUCUUCAUGAUAACAACCCCUUCAUUCUUGCGAAAGAUGACCAUUUCAUGAUUGAUACGUUAAAUUUACGUAAAGAGGCUCUAAAAGAAGGGAGGCAUGGUUUCACAUCACCUAUUGAGAGAAAGAGCUCCAGAGUUGCAGAAGAAUGGGAGCAAUAUCUGGACAUGGAGUAUUCGACCAAUAUAAACAAUACUGGUGAUGAAACGGUCUUAAAAGAAAAUUUCUAUACUGACAAAGCUGUUACUAAAGUUGAAGUCCUAGAGAGGAGAGUUUGUAUUGAAGAUGAUCAUCACAAUGUCAGAGAUAUAAAUAUGGACAAAGGGGUACAAUCCUCUGAUAAAAGUUUGGUACAAGAAGAAGUCAAAGAUAUAGAAGAAGCAUGCCCAGCGCAAUCUUCUACAUCAAACCUGAAUCUUGACAAUGGAUACAAUGAUUCAACAGGCAAAAUCGCAGGCUCUUCUGGUGCAUAUGAUUUGAAAUACACUGUAUUUGAGAGUUCAAUUUCUAUCCUUGAUCAGGAUCAAGUAGAUCCACCUUCCGUUCUUCAUAAAGAUUUAGUUGGUAAGGCCACUGAGAAUCCAGCAAAUGAAACUUCUUCUUUUCAUAAUGAUUCUGACGGGAAGCAGUCAAUCGAUAGUAAAGGCGACCUAGAUUCAACUGAAUCAAUUCUCGGUAAUAUACCAGCUGAGGUUACUGAAAGUGUAGCUGUUCCAGUUCCUGACGUUCAUAAUUAUUGUCAUGAGAAGGGCUCUUUGGUGAGUUCAAUUGACUGUGGAGGCAAGCUAGAUGCAUCUAAAUCAGCUGUGCAUAAUAUAUCCUCUGAUGUCGUUGAAGAUCAGGUACUUCAAAGUUCAGUUGUUCCAGUUCCCGAUGUUCAUAAUCAUCAUGAUGAGAAGUGUUCUCCUGUGAGUUCAAUUGACUGCAGAAACAAGCUAGAUGCAUAUAAAUCAGCUGUGCAUAAUAUAUCCUGUGAUGCCAUUGAAGAUCAGGUACUUCCUUCACAGGAGAUAACUACUGCUUCCUUGCAAGUGGAUUUACCUAGUCAGGCUCUCCAAAAUGAUCAGAAUCACUCUCUUGAUGUACCAACGUUACAGCAGGACCUAUUAAGAGACAGUAACUCAGCAUCUAGAGCUCUGUCAUUUCCUUCUGAAGUCUCUGCUCUGAGCAAUGAGUCUAAGGAAAUUCCUGCUAGCGGAGUCAUUACUUUCAAUUUUGACACAGAACCAGUAUCAACUAGUGGGAGGCAUGAGAAUGAAGAAACUGCAAAUAGUCAGCCAGCUGUGGCAGCUCAGAAUGGUUUUCAUACUGAAGAGGGAAUUCUUGAUGCUCCUUCAUCUUCAUCUAGAUAUUCAUUUCUUCAUCUUAUGGAAGGAGAGUCCAGUUUAUCUGGACCUUCUAUUUUGUCGGGUCCAAUAGCAAAUUCCGGGCAUAUUCCAUUUUCUGGAAACAUUUCUCUUCGAUCAGAUAGUAGCACCACUAGUGCAAGAUCUUUUGCGUUUCCCAUACUCCAAUCAGAGUGGAAUAGCAGUCCAGUUAAAAUGGCAAAAGCUGAACGGAGGAAGCACAGAGGUUGGAAAAUGGGGCUUCUGUGUUGUAGAUUCUGAGUUCAUUAUUUCUUUCUUUUAUCUCUAGCUUACUCCUUUAUACACCAUCAAAUUUAUAUAUAUCCCAGCGACAUAUUUGUCAGAAAAUUUUCUUCGUUGCUCAGGGCGACCAUCCUGUCUGUUAUGUUUAUUUAUAUACAGCAGGUUUGAUAGUGUUGUGUAUGGUUUGUAGCAUGUAAGUAGUUAGUGGAGGUGAUUUUUGUGGUGGUUUCAGUUUUAUGUUUCAUAAUGGGAGGGGGAAAGCUAAAAUGCAGUUAUUUACUGUAACUCCAGUCUGAAGACUUUCUUAGCUCUAUUAAUGAUGUUGCAUGACUGAUCAGUUGUUAAAAUGCAGUUGUUUAUUUGAUUGAUUGAUGAUGUGCAAACAAAUGUGGGAACGAGCUAUAAUCAAACGUUAUGACCUAGUUGGAAAAAAGAGUCUAAU